AUGCUCUCGCAGAAUGUUGCAAAGACGACUGUGCCGUCGUACUACAUGAUCCGCACAAACCUCCCGCAGCGGAAACCACUGAACCAAUGGGAGGGCGUCUACUACUUCAGCGGCAUCACCAAACGGCAGCGACACCUCAUAUUGCUGCAGCGUAAGCGUGACCGUGAGGCGCACAUGCGGUCCUUCAACACCUCCCGCGCAAGCGUGCUACAGCUCGCUGAAGCGGGGACAUGCCAACAACACCAACAACAUGCGCUCGUCACACCGCACGCUCAACUCGAACUGGCGAUACGACUGGCGCAGCAUGGGCUCUACCAGCAGGCGAGCCCCAUUGUGGAUCAGCUGCACCAGCAACGCGUCCUCACUGCGGGCCAGUACUGCCUUCUGAUUGACUCGCUAGCGGCCCCGCGAUUGGCGGAGCGCAUUCUUCACUGCGACGCCCAGUGCGACCCCGCUCUGACGUACAAGUUCCUCGGUGACGAAAACGGUGAGGAGCGGGCGCAGGAGGCACACCGCUGGUUCAACAUGGCGUUCACCGCGCUUAUCACGGCGUGCCAGCAGCUGCCGCAGGGAACAGCGGCCGCCGCGCAGCUCGUCAACGCGCUGAUGCGCACACUGCUCACAUGUGGCUACACGCACGUCACGGCGGUCCCUGACGCGGUGUAUGACCGCAUGGGAACGAUGGGCAUCUCGCCCACAAUUAGCACCUACGAGCUCGUCAUGCUCGCGCUCUCGCUGCAGGGCAACACGCAGGAGGCGGAGAGUGUCUUUUCAUUUCUGCGCCGACACCACAAUGAGCACGUGACGGUUGGAAGCUACAACGCUCUGCUGAUGGGCCACCGCGAGGCGCGGCAGUACGACCGCUGCGACGCCAUCUGGCAGGAGCUCGUGGACCGCCGCUGGCCGCGCGCCAACACACUGACGGCGGAGCUGUACCUGCGCAGCAUCAUCGACCACGCCCACACACCGACCAGUGAGCCACUACAGUGCUUCGGCAACAUCAACGUUGUGGAGAAGAAGAAGGUGCCGCUUGUGCUGGCGCAGAUGGACGAGCUCGGCAUCCCGCGCUCGCACCUCUCGCGCCCGCUGAUGGACGAGGUGGAGGAUGCCCUGCGCAAGUUCCGCAUCUAUCGCGCGCGCUACUACGAGUGGGGCCGUGCGGUGAAGCAGUUUGACUUCAUCGAGUUCAGGCGCCGCCACGGAUGGCUGUACGACUUGCACCUGAUGAAGAACACGACGAAGCAGGUGGCGCCGCUACGCGACUUCAACCAGCCCGACGGCGCGCAGGUGAGCGUCGCGACGGUAGAGCUGCCGGCGUUCUUCAACGAGCGCCAGCCGUGGGAGCGGCCGCCGCUGGAGGACGUGCUGUACGUCACCAACACGAGGGAGCGCUAUGACGACGUGCGGGCGGGCGACAUCUACUACGACGACGUGCGCGGCCUGCACGACCGCUCACCCACGUGGAUGAAUGAAGUGCCCGAGACGCGCUACGACCGGCUCUACGGCGUCAACAACCCCGACAUUGCAAAGAUCGGCAUCCGGCGCCACCUCGACACGGAGUACGUCAACCGCAAGGAGGUCAUCGAGCGCGACGCGGCACUGAUGAAGAAGAAUUUGAGCAGCGGCAGGCGGCUGCGGCACAAGGUGGAGGCGUCCCGCACACACCGCAACGCCGCUGCGAUGGCGGGCACUCCCGCAACAUCACGCUGA